CGGACCACCUGCUAGUUUUUCUUCUUCCUUUUUCUCCCCUUCGUUGGGGAUCGUGGCUGGCGGGGCUGGUGCCGAUCUUUGAAAUUUAACAUGUCUAUAGAGCUGAAACUUUCUCGAUCAAACCGUAUCUAUUGCCCCAAUGAACCAAUUGAUGGUAAAAUUAUCACAAAAUUUCCAUCUUCAAUUUCUCACCAAGGAAUCCGAAUCACUGCCACUGGAACCGUCAACUUGCAGGUUCGCGGUGGGUCGGCAGGAGUUAUCGAGUCCUUGUAUGGAGUUGUUAAACCCAUACCAAUCAUAAGCAAGACUUUCGAUAUCAGAUCUUCUGGGAGGAUUAGUUCAGGAACAACCGAGAUACCUUUCUCUGUAACAUUGAGACCACGAGGACAUGAUGGUUCUGAAAUAUUUUAUGAGACCUUCCAUGGAGCAAACAUCAGCAUCCAGUAUUUGAUAACAGCAGACCUUGUGAGAGGGUAUCUACAUAAAUCAUUGUCUGCUACUAUGGAGUACAUUGUUGAAAGUGAUAAAGCUAAUCUUCUUCAGGCACCAGACUCUCCUGAAAUGGUUAGCUUUUAUCUCACACGGGACACACAAAGACAUCCGCUGCUUCCUGAACUAUCUUCAGGUGAGUUUCGAGUCACGGGAAAAAUCUGUACUCAAUCCUCUCUUCUCGAUCCUAUCAAUGGGGAGGUAACAGUAGAAUCAUCCACAGUUCCUAUACACUCUAUCGAUAUUCAUCUACUCCGAAUAGAGUCAAUUCUGGUUGGGGAAAAGAUUGUGACUGAGACCUCGGUGAUUCAAACUACACAGAUAGCUGAUGGUGAUGUUUGUCGAGGAAUGACUUUACCCAUAUAUGUUAUUCUUCCUCGCCUUUUGACUUGUCCGACCAUCUUUGCAGGGCCAUUUUCAAUUGAAUUUCAGUUUUCUGUUGUGAUUAGCUUCCAGUCAGAGUUAUCGAAACUUCAACCAAAGGCUGAUCCUCGAACUCCCAGGCUUUGGGUGAGAACCAGUUGGUGGUAUAUCAAAGAUUUCAAAAAAAAAAGAAAGAAUACUAGUCUAUCUUAUAAAGAUACGCUAUUUUUCAGCUGGCAAUGGAAUCCCUGCCUAUAAGACUAUUUCGAACGAAGUGAUACUAUGCUGCAAUGAGGUCUUGUGGUGCUCAGGAGAGGAUUGCCCUGCAGCUUAUGAGAAAGCUGUGUAAAGUGUUAUGCAUCACAAUUUUAAACUGUAGGAAAAUGGUCCCAAGGUACAUGAAUUUGCAUUGCGACCAUGUCCAGGUGAAAUUUGGGUUUUGCAACAUUUCAGGAGAGGAUUGCCCUGCAGCUUAUGAGAAAGCUGUGUAAAGUGUUAUGCAUCACAAUUUUUAAACUGUAGGAAAAUGGUCCCAAGGUACAUGAAUUUGCAUUGCGACCAUUACCUGAGAAUAAAACUAGAAAGACUUGGUUGUUAUUGUGUAGUAUGGUGUGUUUGGUACAGGGACUCAUUGCAGGUGAAAAGCAAAAAAUAACUAAUAUAAGAAGUUACCUUUUUAUUUA